UAUUUGUAAACAAAAUUAAUGCAAACAUUGUUUUGAUUGUAAACUCUUCAGUGAUUAUCAUGUUUUCUAACACUUUGUCCAUCGAUUUUGAUACAAACACUUGGAUCACAUCACUUACCACUCAACUCAUGUCAGUCAUCACUACAAAUGGUCUAAUGAUUAGUGAAGACAUCACUUUAAUCCACACAUUACUCGACAAUCAAUUGGAUUCAAAUAAGUCAUUGUUUUUCAAGUUUAAUAAAUAUACCGUGUUAUCAGUGGUAUCGGUGACCACUAGUUUGCUAUGGUUUGGAUCAAGUGUUGUGUCAAUUGGUUCAGUCUUGACAUCACUGUUUUGCGGUAUUUGUUUGCCGCUGUCGUCACUCACAUAUAGUUUUGCCUCAAAAAUUUAUAUUAAGCAUAGAUUACUUCAGAAAAUUCACGUUUUAUGUGAAAGUCAGGUCAAAGUAAAUGAUAUUUUUAAUAAAUAUUUAAAAUUAAUUGAAGACAACGAAGUACUCGAAAGUGGAGGCCAACACUCCCGAAGAUUAUGUGAUAUGAGAGAUAGAUUUAGACAUUUGUGUUGGAAAUGUUUCAUUAUAUUCAGAGAUAAAACUAUUUAUUUAAGACAAACGUUUGCUAUUAAUAAAGAUAUAGACGAAGAAAACAACUUUUUAUGUUGUUUUCCGAUUGAAUCGUUUGAUAAAUUUAAAUCUGAAGACAAGACUGUGAUAAACGUUUUAUUACUAAAAUCCUUAAAGCAGUUAAAACGUUUGCAAUCAUCAGAAUUUUUGCGACGAUUUAGUCGCGAUUUAAAACAAACUAAUUUAUCACUAGAAAUGAAUAAUGUUUUAAAUAUUAAUCGAAAUAUUCGCAGAAAUUUGUUGACAGCUCUUAAUAAAUCAGAAGAGUUUGAUUCUUUGUUUGAAUCACAUUAUAAAAGCACUGAUUUUCGACAUUUAUAUCGUCAACAAAUCGAUUCAUUUAAUAAUGAAUUAAAUAAAAUAAAUGAAUCCAUUAUUAGUUUAGAAAAACUAUUAAGAAUAGAUGAAUUAAAAGAAAGGAAAAGUGAUUUAAUGCACAUAAAUAAGGAAAACAAUUUGGAUAAUAAUAAAAUAGUCAACAUUACAACAAUAGUUGAUGAAUAUAUAAUUAAGGAUCAAGUAUUUGAAGCAUUUGUUACACAAGAAGCUGAUGAUAAUAAUGACAACAUUACUGAAAAUGAUAGCGAGUUAUGGGAAGAAAAAUGUAAAUUAAUUCAAGAAACUGAAGAUUCAAAUAAUUUAUAUAAAGAACUAAAAAUUGCCUUAAAAUCUAAAGCUGAAGAACAUCAACAAAGAGAAGCCAAAGCAUUGGGUAUUGAUGUCAAUCAUUUAAAAGAUGACUUCAAAGAUAAUAUAAUCUGUGAUACAAAACCUGAUGAAUCAAUAAAUAGCAAUAAAUAUGACAUUAAAACAAGUGUUGUGUCAGAAGAUAAAAUAAAUACAAAUCAAUUGAAUCAAAGUUUUCAAUCAAAUUCUUUUGUUUCUUUUGGAUUUAUUUCACAAAUUGCUGCACAAAAAGCUAUUAAUUUUGGCUUAAAUACUGAAACUGAAUGUUUUGGUGAUAAUUGUAAUGACUCUGAAUCUGAUUCAAGCGAUGAAUAA